GGAAGCCUGAGAAGGAAUGGAAAUAUAAUGUAUAUUCUCCUUACUGAUCAUGAGUCAGUCCUGACUUACGCUGACGGAGAUGAUAUUCCCUCCGUAUUCGGAUUCAAAACCGAAGGCUCCGGCCACUCGAUUCAUAUUCACCAUUAAGAGAAAGUCUUACUACAUACAACCACGAGCACACAACAUCUCUUGCACAUCAUUUUUCCACCCAAAACUACACGAACUGUCUUAUAGAGCAUGCAAAUGAACCAUUUUCUGGUUCCACAUUGCAUACAGCGUACGACCACGAAAAGGCGAAACCGGGAUAAUGCAUAUUUAAUACCUUUCUGUUCUAUCUUCGUCACCUUUCCAUCCUUUUUAUUCCUCCUUGUCUUCCAUACAUGUACUGUAUAUAAAACCCUGGGUUGACUGGCUAAUACAUAACACGGCGCAUGCACGGGUGUGGGAUGAGGGCCUGGUUGUCUCUUUCUUCUUAUCUUAUAGCCUUUUUAUUGAAUUCUUUCUUUGAAAUUUCAUUUUCUUUCCCACGUCAUUCAAUCUACUUCCUAUCUACAUCUCGGCGGAGUCAUGGCCAUGGUGUGCGAUGCGUUCCUUUUCUCUUCCUCUCAUCCACCCUUCAAGUUCUUAUGACUACUAUUGUCGCCCAUCCUAUCCUUAUGUUUUCCUUCGUUUCUUUAUUCGUUUCUGAAAUGGGAUGUAGCUAGCUAGCUGCAAUGCAAUGUAUGCAGCACGCAACAAUGUAGGAUACAGUUGAAUUGUGUGAAGAAAGUGAAGAAAAGAAAAGGCACGGUAUGGAUUGCAAUGCUUACAACGGGAGAGACACAUCAACGUAAUUCAAUGAGAUAUGACGCAUCCAUGAUGAGUUCCGG